AUGGGACUUGCGGGCAACCUGAAGAGGCGCCUUGCCGCCAAGGGCGGCGAGGAAGUCCAUGGCAGAGACGCUUUGCUCGACAACGAUGAUAUCCGACCACUCGCCAUCAAGGACCGGACGUGGACUCAACGAACAUACUUUACCUUCUGGUUCUCCGCCGUCGCAACUGUUGCCACAUGGUACGGUGGAUCGGCCGCCCAAUCGUUCGGACUGAACCUGUGGGAAGUUCUGGGCUGUCAGGUCGCUGGUUGGUUCCUGAUUGCCACAAUCUACGUGCUGAACGGACGGGCCGGUGCCGUUUACCAUGUAGGGUUUCCCAUCAACUGCAGGGCAGCCUUUGGCGUCUUUGGAGGCUGGUGGCCGACUUUCAACCGAGCUGUGAUGGCGACUGUGUGGAAUGGGGUUAAUGGCGUUCAAGGUGGGCAAUGCGUCUAUGCUAUGCUACAUGCUAUCUUUCCUGGAAUCGCGACCCUGCCUAAUAUCAUGGGACCAGGCUCGGCUCUGGACUCAGGAGGCUUUAUCGGCUACGUUAUUUUCUGGAUCGCAGUCUGCUUCUUUCUCACCAUUCCUAUUCCGAAGAUGCGAGUGCUCGUUUAUAUCAAACUUGUGGUAUACCUAAUCAGUGCGGUGACAAUGCUGGCUUGGUGUCUCACUCUGGCCGGCGGUGCAGGCCCGGUCGUACGUCAGCCAUCUCAGGUCCAUGGCAGUGAGAAGGCUUGGUUGAUGGUCCGCUUUCUGUUUUUGGCUGCCGGAAACUGUGCAACGUUCGCAAGCAACGCAUCGGACUUCCAACGGUAUGCCAAGAAGCCCAACGACGUUAUCCUAGGCAAUGUGCUAGGAUUUCCCCUAGCCGAUUUGACGGUGUGUCUGGUGGGAAACAUCGUGGCCUCCAGCUCCGUCCUUGUGCUGGGAGAACUCGAAUGGAACCCAUUGACGUACCUGGAUCGCAUCCAAUCCCGGGACUACACCCCAGCAAAUCGAGCCGGUGUCUUCUUCGUCGCCUUCAUGUUCGCGUAUUCAGCCUUGUUCUCUUCGGUAUUCGAGAACUCGAUCCCCGCCGGCAACGACUAUGCAGCUUUGUUUCCCAAAUACAUCAGUAUCAAGACGGGAAUGUAUAUCUGCCAAGUUAUCUCCGUCUUGAUAAACCCAUGGUAUUUGCUUGGAUCGGCCUCGGUCUUCAUCAACUUCCUGGCGUCGUACCAGGUCUUCCUAUCGGCGAUCACGGGCGUCUUGAUGUGCAACUAUUGGGUCAUCAGUCGAGGCUACUAUAAGAUCGACGAUCUUUUCACAGCUAGGAGGGAUGGAUCGUACUACUUCACAAAAGGAUGGAACAUCAGAGCUUACAUAGCCUACGUCUUGGCUAUCGCGCCCAAUUUUGCUGGUUUCCUGGGAAACAUGGGGGUCAGAAUGCCGAUGGGAGUUACGCGUGCUUACUACCUGGCAUACCCGAUCGGACUGAUCGUCAGCUUCGUCGUUUUCUGGAUCUGCAACCUGGUCAAACGACCUAUGAUCAUGCUGUCGGGUUGGCAUGAGCCCAAGAACUAUUUCAGACCCGAGGAGGAUCCAGAAUUGAACGCCCGGCUGGAUGGGGUGGAACCAGAGAGAAACGAUGACAGCAGUGGCAUUGCGGAAGUUAUACAGAAGAAUGGCAACAAGGGAGGCAACAGCAAUAUUGAGGAGAAAUCCUUGUAG